AUGCAAUCAUUCAGUGUCUACUGCUUAUUAUUAUGCAGCAUGAUUAUCUUUGCUGCACAUCAAAUCAAUGCAAUGGAAACUACUGAAAAAUUUGAAACUACUUUUCCAUCUGAAAUCACCUCUGAACGUGCUCCGGAAAAGGUUAUGACAUUACGUGAUGUACUUAUUCACAAAACUAGAGGCGCUGCUGCCGCUUCAUCUGUAUCGGACGAUAUUGCUGCUUCUGCUGUUGCCGGUGAUCCAGAUGCGGAAGCAAGUGUUUCCGUGGAAGGUGAAGGAGUCGAUUCCGUUCAAUGUGGUAAUGGUCAAAUUACAAUUGCAAAAGGUACAAUUGCCUGCAAAUAG